AUGAGAGGUGAAGUUCUUGAGAAGAUUGACGGAUAUGAGGAGAAGAAGGAAACGAGGAAAGAGAAGAAAGGGGAAGAAGAGGAGAGGCAGGAGUACAAGGAGGAGGAGGAGAGGAGAAAAAGGAAGGAAGGUAGGGAAGAAGAAGGGGAAGGAAAGGAAGAAGAGGAGGAGGAGGCGAAGGAGAAAAAUAGAGAAGAAGAAGAAGAAGAAGAAGAAGAAGAAGAAGAAGAAGAAGGGGGGAAGGGGAAGAAGAAGGGGAAGAAGUAUAGAAUGAGGAAAGAGAAGAAAGGGGAAGAAGAGGAG